AUGCUGCUGCUUCUCCUGGUAGAGGCAAAAAGGGGGACACUUAAGUCCUUUAUCCAUCAACUACGGCAGUCGGCAAGCUUUGAGCACGGAGCCCUGAGCUUCUCAACAUGUGGCAAAGGCGGGAAGGGCCCGGGCAAGGGCGGCGCCCAGCGCCACCACAGGGUGCUGUGUGACAACAUCCAGGGCAUCACCAAGCCUGCCAUCCGACACCUGGCCCGGCUCAGUGGCGGCAAGCGCAUCUCAGGGCUCAUCCGCGAGGAGACCCGCGGCAUGCCCGAGGCCUUCCUGGAGAACGUCUUCCGUGACGCCGUCACCUACACGGAGCACGCCAAGCGCAAGACGGUCUUGGCCACGGACGCGGUCUACGCGCUCAAGCACCAGGGACGCACGCUCUACGGCCUCAGCGGCUGAGCUGCUCUUCCCAGCCUGAGAUCCCCACCCAAAGGCCCCUUUCAGGGCCAAAAAAUAAAUCAAUAAAUCAAUAAAUAAAAUAAAAUAAAUCUUAAACGUGCUUAGAGUCACACAGGAUUUUCUUCAACAGUUACCUCCUUCCUAAUUCAAACA